AUGUCUCAAUUCACAACCGCUCCUAUCGGGGAAGGUAUUGAAACCGGGCCAUUGCUCGUCCCCUCUCCCGCCGGCAGGGAAUAUGCCCCCAACUCCGGUGUUCCCGGCAUUGCGGGCAUCGCCCCACCCGCCGGUGAGCUGUCCUCCCGGCGCCCCCUUCAUGGCCUACCAAAAUUCGCCGACUGGCGAAUGUCGAACUCAAACAAGCGCUACUGGACCGACCGGCAGCUGUCUGCCAAUGCCGCAAAACGCCGCAAGGGACGGAGGCUGACACAAAUGCCGAGCUCUAGAGCUGCACGUCUUAGCUAUGGCGACAGUCUUAACCAUAAAGCCCAUUCUCAGAUCCGGAGUGCAGGUGCCAACAACCGCUACCAAGGGCCCCCAUUGAUUGAUUUGGAAGAUGUGCAAGGCCUUGCUGUCGACGCUGCUUCUAUUAGAGCAGUUUCUAGCCCUCAGGGGUUACGCCAUUAUCUCCCCAUCGUUCCGGGAGAUAGUACUGUGCAAGCUGGUACCGAGAGACCUACUGGUAUUGGGAAUUCCGGUCCCGUCCUUGUGUCCGAUCAUGAUGGUACCAUACAACGUUGGUUUUCCAUUUUCAAGGGGGUUUACAAAAGGAUUAAGGGGUUCAAAUUCGGACCCCUCUUUCGUAAGGGUAAAAAUCAAGGGUAG